UGUGGUCGCCAUAUAGUGAACCUCCCAGGGUUUGGAAAGAUUGUUGGGGGAAAGCUAGCUCCAGCUGGAUCCUUCCCCUGGCAGGUGUUGCUGAGCGCUAAUGGUAGAGGUGGAGGGAUAGUGAUCGGGGACCGCUGGAUCAUGACUGCAGCACAUGUCCUGAAUGGAAAUACCAGUGAUGAAGUUAGGGUGAGGUGAGUGUGUUAAAGAAAAUAGAAGCAUGGGUCAUCUUUUUGACUUGGCUGCUCAUCUGGGUCUGUGCUUGAUAUUAGAGGUUUUCACAGGUCCAAAAAGUUGGACCCGUUAUGAAAUGGACCUGGGGCUUUCCCACCCAGACCUAAUCAAUUUUUAUUUAUUUAUAUAGAGACCCAUUCCAAACGGACCUGAGUACAACCGUAUAGACCUAUUUUUUUAUCUACUUUAUUAACCGGAGCUGAUAAAGCGUGAGGGGGGAGAGAGAGGUGCCACUCUAGCAGGCGGGGGAGGGUCUGUACUGUGAGCGAGUGACACUGGGAGCAGGGAGUUAGAGACAAGAGACAGCAACUAACCAAGCUGCAAUAGCUAGGUUAUUUAUCAUCAAAUAUGAUUACGUAGUACCUGUCUUGACUGCAUCAAACCGGGAGAAUCAAGUUAAGCUAGCUAACGUUAGCUAGCUAGGCUAAUUGAAGCUGCAGUGCAAAUAACAACAACUCCAUUCAGAAUAUUAAGUAGCAGCCUACCUGUUGGCUCUUGGUCGUUGUAGCCUAUCCUUCUCCUUUAACUUUUAAUUAUGUCUAAUUAUAUUUAAUUCCAUCUUCCAUUGAUUAGAUAUCUCCUAACUUUUGCCACACACAGAGGCUCUAUGACUGUAGCCUAUUGACACUUUAAAGACUUUGGAUUGGCCAAGAACAAGCUACACGCGCCACGCUCCACUCUUGUGAAAAGCAAGAGCAGCAGUGUAAAUUAAAAAAUGUCUCUCUCUCUACUGCAGUAGUCACAUUCGUAUAUGUACAGGUCCUUCCGGACAAGUCAGUUAAAAUUACACAUACCUGAGACCCGUGACAAUCAUAUCAUAUCAGAUCCGACCCAGACCCGUACACUAGUGGAGGCUCCUUAGAGGAGGAAGGGGAGGACCAUCUUCUUCAGUGAUUUUCAGAAGGAAAAAAAAGGAAAACUAUACUAAAUAUAAUCACGUCACCAAAUAACUGAUUAAAACAUACUAUUUUGCAAUGAAGGUCUACAGUAGCCUCAACAGCACUCUGUAGGGUAGCACCAUGGUGUAGCCGGAGGACAGCUAGCUUCCGUCCUCCUCUGGGUACAUUGACUUCAAUACAAAACCCAGGAGGCUCAUGGUUCUCACCCCCUUCCAUAGACUUACACAGUAAUUAUGACAUCUUCCGGAGGAUGUCCUCCAACCUAUCAGAGCUCUUGCAGCAUGAACUGACAUGUUGUCCACCCAAUCAAAGGAUCAGAGAAUGAAUCUAGUACUGAAAGCAUAAGAUACAGCUAGCUAGCACUGCAGUGCAUAAAAUGUGGUGAGUAGUUGACUCAAAGAGGGAGAAAGACAAUAGUUGAACAGUUUUUAACAAAUUAAUUUCUUCCAAAAUGAAGGAGAAGCAAGAGAGAAAGAGAGAGAUUUCAUUUUUUUUUUAACCUUCACUUACUUAGCUUGCAAAUGCAGCUAGCUAGUUUAGCCUACUCAAACACCCUGCUCAAACAGAUGGAUGCUGUGUUAGCCAGCUGGCUCUGACUAUCCAACACAACACUAGAACUCUUCAAAGUCAAGGUAAGCUUUUGGUUUUACAUAUUUAUUGCCACCUGGGCCCACCAGUGUAAGUGUUAAACUGCUUACUGACUUUACACUGCAACAUUACUGCAUUAUUGUAGCAGGUUUAGUAACUUGUUAGUUCUAUUAGCUAUAUUGACUAUGAUGUUACAUUAGCUAAUAUGGUGACAACGAUGUAGGCUGUGUGUAGCAGUUAUGAUAUGGUUUGGCUUGGAAAGCUAAUGUGUUGAGUUGUGCUGCCUUUGAUACUGUGAACCAUCAGAUCCUCCUCUCCACCCUCUCCGAGCUGGGCAUCUCCGGCGCGGCUCACUCUUGGAUUGCGUCCUACCUGACCGGUCGCUCCUACCAAGUGGCGUGGCGAGAAUCUGUCUCCGCACCACGUGCUCUCACCACUGGUGUCCCCCAGGCCCUCUCCUAUUCUCGCUAUACACCAAGUCACUUGGCUCUGUCAUAUCCUCACAUGGCCUCUCCUAUCAUUGCUAUGCAGACGACACACAACUAAUCUUCUCCUUUCCCCCUUCUGAUAACCAGGUGGCAAAUCACAUCUCUGCAUGUCUGGCAGACAUAUCAGUGUGGAUGACGGAUCACCACCUCAAGCUGAACCUUGACAAGACGGAGCUGCUCUUCCUCCCGGGGAAGGACUGCCCGUUCCAUGAUCUCGCCAUCACGGUUGACAACUCCGUUGUGUCCUCCUCCCAGAGUGCGAAGAGCCUUGGCGUGACCCUGGACAACACCCUGUCGUUCUCCGCUAACAUCAAGGCGGUGACCCGAUCCUGUAGGUUCAUGCUCUACAACAAUCGGAGAGUACGACCCUGCCUUACACAGGAAGCGGCACAGGUCCUAAUCCAGGCACUUGUCAUCUCCCGUCUGGAUUACUGCAACUCGCUGUUGGCUGGGCUCCCUGCCUGUGCCAUUAAACCCCUACAACUCAUCCAGAAUGCCGCAGCCCAUCUGGUGUUCAACCUUCCCAAGUUCUCUCACGUCACCCCGCUCCUCCGCACACUCCACUGGCUUCCAGUUGAAGCUUGCAUCUGCUACAAGACCAUGGUGCUUGCCUACGGAGCUGUGAGGGGAACAGCACCUCCGUACCUUCAGGCUCUGAUCAGUCCCUUCACCCAAACGAGGGCAUUGCGUUCAUCCACCUCUGGCCUGCUGGCCCCCCUACCUCUGCGGAAGCACAGUUCCCGCUCAGCCCAGUCAAAACUGUUCGCUGCUCUGGCACCCCAAUGGUGGAACAAGCUCCCUCACGACGCCAGGACAGCGGAGUCACUCACCACCUUCCGGAAACACUUGAAACCCCACCUCUUUAAGGAAUACCUGGGAUAGGAUAAAGUAAUCCUUCUACCCCCCUUACCCCACCCCCCCCCCCCAAAAAAAAUACAUAUUGUAAAGUGGUUGUCCCACUGGCUAUAAGGUGAAUGCACCAAUUUGUAAGUCACUCUGGAUAAGAGCGUCUGCUAAAUGACGUAAAUGUAAAAAUGUAAAUGUUGUGCACUGACGUCCACAAGCGACGAAGGGAAAAGAUGAGAGGAGGAGAGCGCAUAGAUGCGAGAAGGAAUACAACGUGGCAGUUAUGAAAAGGUUGUAUUUAUUCCGCUGUUGAAAGACGUUUCUUAAACAGAAAAAAAUUGGAUAAACAUAUCUGAAUUUGUCCAAUAGAAACUCUUGUUUGCAACUGCUGGACUAAUGAUUACACCCUAUAUCAGCUAGAUGCAGGCAAGAGUGUGCAAGGCGGUAUUGAAUGUGUCACUGUCUGUCCAUGUGUCACAUCACAUUUUUAUCUCGACCUGUGUACACGUACGUUGUAAACUUUCAUUCAUAGGCUAGGUUGUAGCAAGGGGCUCCUGAAUGGUGCAGCGGUCUAAGGCACUGCAUCUCAGAGCUAGAGGCGUCUCUACAGACCCUGGUUUGAUUCCAGGCUGUAUCACAAUCCGGACGUGAUUGGGAGUCCCAUAGGGCGGCGCACAAUUGGCCCAGCGUCGUCUGGGUUUGGUCGGGGUAGGCCGUCAUUGUAAAUAAGAAUUUGUUCUUAACUGACUUGCCUAGUUAAAUAAAAAUUUUUAAAAACUCAAGAUGGGUAUAGGGAAAAUUAGAGUAUGAUGUAGUAGCCUAAACCUAUGGCUGUUCCAUUGAACUGGGUGAAUGGAAUAUGAAUGACAGUCAUCCAAUAUGCUGUAAUAGAAAUAAGGCCAUGCUCAUGAAAAAUAAAUUAGUCCUCCCUCACCUUAAACGGCACUGACCGCCACUGACACACACUAUUUAGAGAUCCGGACCCGCUCGUCUGACUGCUAUUUAGGGAGAGUUAGAAAAUGACUGUCUGACUGCUGAUUAGGGACAGAUAAUUACUGGGGGGGGGGGGGGGUUGGUCCAACUCCAGGUGUCAUAAAAAAAAGCAUCCCCCCCCCCCCAUUGAAUAAACUCAAAAUAAUGUUUAUGACCACAAUUAUCAAAACUGUAUUUAUAAACGUGGAUAUUGACUUUUCCACUUCAGCUCGGUUUCAGAUCUGGACAGAGAAACCAUUUAAAUAAACAAUUUUCUGCCUUUUAAAAUAAUUGACAGGUGGCAGCAUUGACUGAUUACAUCAAUAUGUGUCUUGCAAGAAAUAAAUUAAUAAUAUUUUUGAAAGAAUAUCUGUGAAAUACACUGAACAGAAAUUUAAACGCAACAUGUUUCAUGAGCUGAAAUAAAAGAUCCCAGAAAUUUUCCAUACGCACAAAAAGUGUAUUUCUCUCAAAUGUGUGCACACAUUUGUUUACAUUGCUGUUAGUGAGCAUUUCUCCAUUGCCAAGAUAAUCCAUCCACCUGACAGGUGUGGCAUAUCCAAAAGCUGAUUAAAAAGCAUGAUAAUUGCACAGGUGCACCUUGUGCUGGGGACAAUAAAGGCCACUCUAAAAUGUGCAGUUUUGUCACAACACAAUGCCACAGAUGUCUCAAGUUGGCAUGCUGACUGCAGGAAUGUCCACCAGAGCUGUUGCCAGAGAAUUUAAUAUUAAUUGCUCUACCAUAAGCUGCCUCCAACGUCGUUUUAGAAAAUUUGGCAGUACGUCCAACCGGCCUCAAAACUGCAGACCUCGUGUAUGGCGUUGUGUGGGCGAGCGGUUUGCUGAUGUCAGCGUUGUGAACAGAGUGCCCCAUGGUCGUGGUGGGGAUAUGGUAUGGGCAGAGAUAAGCUACGUACAAUGAACAUAAUUGUAUUUUAUCGAUGGCAAUUUGAAUGCACAGAAAUACCGUGACAAGAUCCUGAGGCCCAUUUUGAGGCCCAUUUCUUUUAAGGUAUCUGUGACCAACAGAUGCAUAUCUGUAUUCCCAGUCAUGUGACAUCCAUAGAUUAGGGCCUAAUUUAUUUAUUUCAAUUGACUGAUUUCAUUAUAUGAACUGUAACUCAGUGAAAUCUUUGAAAUUGUUGCAUGUUGCAUUUAUAUUUUUGUUCAGUAUAAUUUGCAUAAAGGAAGGGACCAAGAAAUCUGGUCACAAUGCAGACACAGUGGACGGAUAACAGACACAUUUUAAUAGCAUGUGUAGACACAUUUCUGGAAAUACGGGCACAAUCAGAAUGUAGACAAGAUCAGGACAAAGAACCCUUGUUAGCACCAGGUGUAAACAUCCCUCCCUACCUUGUACCCAGUAUUGAAGGCUUGGAAUAGCCAUUCGGAUCGGAGAGGAGACAGAGCAUUAAUGACGCCCUCCAGCGAUUUUUUAACUUUUACUGUUGAAAAGCGACAUCCCAAGUAUAAGUACAGUAAAGUACACACACUAAAGGGUAAAAAAAUAUGUUUUGCGCAAAAUAGUGUUUUUUAGACACAACUGCAUACUUCAAGGAGUAGGGCAUUCAAGGAGUUGAUGGGUCUAAUGGGAAUCCGUGAUGUCAUCGGUCUCCCCCCUUGCUUGCGGAACAAUAGAGGAGCAAUAGAGAACAAAAGAGGAAAGGCCACCCCCCCCCACUUGUGCCAUGUCAUGACUUACCUGGACCACCUAUUGAGAUGUGACUUUUGUUAAAUAAAUCAGGUGUUAAAUGAGGUGAAAAGGAUUGUUCCUCAAGCAAGGGGGGAGGCCGAUGACAUCACGACUUCCCAUCAGACCCAUCAACUCCUUGAAUGCCCUACUCCUUGAACUUUGCAGUUGUGUAAAACAUAUAUAAUAUUUUGCCCUUUAGUGUGUGUACUUUAAUGUAUUUAUACUUGAGAUAUCGCUUAUCAACAGUAAAAGUAAAACAAUCGCUGGAGGAUGUCUUUAAGCUUUCCUGAAUAACUGGGCCUGCUGGGAGCAUAUGUGGACACAUUAUUAUAGGAUGACUUGGGAGAAUGAUGAUCCACAACAGACAGCGCAUCUCAGUAUCAGAAGUAUACUGACCUGCUACUGGCCUGCUAAUGUGCCUUUCUAGAUCUUUUAAACUGUUGAGAGUAGACCCACAACUGAUCCAAAUCGAAUGAAUGGAAUGAAACAUUCAAAUCACAGGGCUUUUGCACCUUUUUUCAAAUUAUAUUAUCACUGCAGUUUACAGCCUAGAGUAGAAUUUUGCACUGACUUGAAAACAAUAAUCAAAUGAUUCAUUGCAUUGUGGUGUUGCAGGCUAGUGUAGAUAAUUGUAUCGUUCUUAAGCAAGAUCAAUAUGGAAACUUUUUGAGAUGCUUGUCUCAUGUCUUCAUUGUUCUUUCAUGCGCAAAGGCGCACCUGGCCUCUCCGCUGCCUAUCAGUAAUACUUCCUUGUUCUUGUGGAUUUAUCUUGAAAAUUGGUGCAGCUUUGAAAGAUUUUAUGUGUGGUAUGAUUGCUAGUAAGCAUAUUUCAAAUCUGGACAAACGAUCCACCUACCACGAUUGUCACUAUAAAUAGUGGCGCAGUGGUCUAAGGCACUGCAUCGCAGUGCUAGCUGUGCCACUAGAGAUCCUGGUUCGAAUCCAGGCUCUGUCGUAGCCGGCCGCGACCGGGAGACCCAUGGGUGGCGCAUGGGGGGACCAGUAUGAAAAGAAAUAUAUAUAGAAAAAAAAUGUAUGCACUAACUGUAAGUUGCUCUGGAUAAGAGUGUCUGCUAAAUGGUAUAAAUGUACUAGAGGGUAGUUAGACUGGUAGACUACAGUAUAUUGACCGGUGGUAUAGUUAGCACAUGGAAAAGUGUAGUGCACAAGGGAAGUACCAAAACACCUUUGGUAGGGGAGGCGCAAUGCAAGGUAAUUUGGCUAGGAUGGAAGAAAUUAUACAUUAAAAGGCUGCAUAUAAACCUGGGAAAAAAUGCACUACUCUCCCCUGUGCCCAAUAAAAAACCACACAACCCUCCCCAAAGCAAAAAAACGAAAUUAGACAACCAUCCCCUAUUUUGGACCAACCCCUCACCCCAGUAAUUUCCUAACUGUCCCUUAAAUGUAAUUAAUUUACCCUUUCCAAAGGUAUAUGUUGGAGAAACCAAUGUUUAAAAACUCACCCAGUCUCCACCUCUUGAGGUCGCCUCUCUCCAUCUUCACCCUGAAUACAACAACGUAGAUGAUGUAGAGUAUGACCAUGACAUCGCCCUGAUCCAUCUCCAACACCCAAUCACAUUCAAUGCUCAUGUCAUGCCACUGUGUCUGCCAGCAAAGGACGCUAAAUACCCGACUGGGCGGAAUGGGUAAGCCUAGGUUUUAUGUCUAAAACAGUCAACUACAAAUAUCUGCAUGUUAACAAUUUACUCAAUAUGUGGAUAUUUGCUGAUUUUGUAUUGAUUGUUAAAAUUGUUAAGUUGAACAGCAUCUUAUGUAUAUUCCUUUCUUCUCGCUUUCUCUCUGCUUCAGCUUGGUGUCAGGAUUUGGCACCAUGGAGUUUGAUACAUCUACCAAUAACCUCAUGUAUGUUCCUCUACCUGUGGUGAACCAGACAAUCUGUAGAAAGUCUAUUGAAGGCAGAGAUGAAAGGAAAGGAAUUCCCAGUCUAACAGACAACAUGUUCUGUGCUGGGAAUCCUGAGGGAGGCAAGGACUCCUGUCAGGGGGACAGUGGAGGGGCGUACGUCCUGAAGGAGGGUGAUCAUUUCUGGGCAGCAGGGAUCGUCAGCUGGGGGAUUAACUGUGGAGAGCCUGGAAGAUAUGGGGUCUACUCUCGUGUGGCUAACUACCUAGACUGGAUCAAGAACACUAUAAGGGACGGACAAAGUAUGAGUGAGAAACAACCCACUGGGCACAGAGGUCAAUUCAACGUCUGUUCCACGUUGGUUAAACGUAAUUUCAUUGAAAUGACGUGGAAACAAUGUUGAUUUAACCAGUGUGUGCCCAGUGGGAAGCUCCUGUGGGCAUAUGUUUUCUAUUGUUUUUUGUUCCAAAACGGCAUGUUUCUUUCCUCACUUUAGUUGGAUAUUGCAGAAUACCAGACACUUCUAGUGAUCAGGCCCUUCAACUGGUAGAGCCAAAUCCAAGCACUCUGUUGUUUCAUGACGAGGUCCAGUUCAAGUGUGAAUCCAAAUACUACACAUUGGAGGGAGACGGUGGGCGGAAAUCAUGUUUGUUUUGUUCACCAACUGCCACAACUCACUAGUCUAGUAUUUGACCUUUCCCAUGCUUUCUGUGUCCUUCCUUGCACAAUGUUUCUGACUGCUCAACCUCUGUUUUUACCUCUGUAGUAUCUGACGUUUUCAUAUUGUUGGUUAGAUGAACUUUACUCUACUUUGCUGAAACAUCUGGAAAGUGUUACUAUAGGGGCCCCCUAAAACAGUGGAGAUUCGGAUAUGUGGAGGCCAGGGAUUGGUCUAUUCAAAUCACGCCAUCUUAUGUUACAUGAAGCAUAGGAUAUAUAUACCAUGUUUUAACAAAAGGAGGGAGAGUGAUCAUAUUUGGGAUUGGUUUCGUUGCUCUCCAGAUUCUGCAGAGUCUGUAAAUUGAUGCUGAAAUCUUUUAUAUAUACAUUUACAUUUUAGUCAUUUAGCAGACGCUCUAUAAACCUUUAUAAUCAAGUACAGUGUCAGCGGAUUUCUUAUCAACACAUCAUCGCAGAAUCGUUGUUCACCACCACACCUCUCUUCUGUUCUUUUAGAGAAGUACAUCUGUGAUUCCGAUGGUAUCUGGAGAUCAGUUAAUGGUCUAGAAAAGUUGCCGAAAUGCAUCGCAGGUAUUGAUUGCCAUAAAGUAUAGUUUCAUCUCUGCAGAUGUUGCCCACUAUCUAAGGAUGUUUUUCAGACACUCAUCUGAAUUGUCUAUCUUAUAGUGUGUGGACAGCAGAAACAAGUAGUCUCAGCAUUGGCAGAAAUGUGGGAGGCAGACCAGCGAAGAUGGGAGAGAUACCCUGGCAGCUUCUCUCAAAACAUUCCAAAAGAGGAGGAGCAUCCC